GAGAUGUGUGUUUUAACAGAAGAACUUGUACUGUCCCGAUGUAGAGCAACUUCUCUGGACACUAUAAAACACAUUAAUUGCUGGGGAAUGGGACUGAGUGAUAUCUCCAUUGUCCAGUAUAUGACUAACUUAGAAGUUGCUACUUUCAGUGUGAACAAGAUUAGUACCCUCAAAUUCCUCUCGUUCUGCCCUAAACUCACCGAACUGUACAUCCGAAAGAAUGACUUACAAUCUCUCGACGAGUUAAAGUGCUUGCAACAACUUCCUAACUUACGGAUAUUGUGGUUAACAGAAAACCCGCUCUGUACUGACAAUUAUCGUCAGUUGGUACUGGAUUUGUUGCCAGGCAUUGUUAAGCUAGAUAAUGUUGCGAUUUCCCCUAAUCUCAACAGUCAAGCUUCCCUGGAGCAGAGGAGAAAGAAGAAAUCGCAAAGACCGAAAUCUGCUGCCUCCGUGGAUUCCUCUUUUAGUGAUGCUGAGUCCAUUAUAAGAAAAUCGGUGGAGACCCCCAUUAUUAACGCUAUAACGGCUCUUCUACCGAGUCUAGAUGUGGAGGGCUUGUACGUGGUACGGGGUGUCAUUGACAGGAAGAUUCGGAACGCAGAACGAUCGGAACCAGAUUCAGUUUCCGCCAGUUAAAUGACAAGGAACAGUGAAGCAGGCUUUAGUGAGGAAUAAGGCAUCAGAUAUUAGAUAGUUCCAGAUAACCUUCAUAUUUUUAAUUCAGAUAUUAGUUUCAGUUUUGUUCUCUCUAAUAGUUAAAAAUAACUGUGUGUAAAGUGUAAUGUUGGUUGUGUCACAUGUCUGUGAGGGGAUCUUUAAAAUUUAAAAUUUAAAUUCUGCAGUGCAGUAGUAGCUCGUGACCAAAUUCAUCUCUGUAACGAAAGUUUUGAUGUUAGCUUUGAUCAAUUCAAAUUUAUUGUACAUUCCAGCCUACUGUCCGUAAUCAUUAAACCUUUAAAAAAUGAAAAAUAGUAUAAAAUCAGAAUUAAGUGUCAGAUGAUACUUAGGAAGUUUAUAUUUCAGCAUAUUUCAGACUAUUGUAUUAUAUUGCAGUUUAUAUUCACCAUAUUAUAAUAUAUGUAUAUUGUUAACACAUUUUAUGAUUUAAGCAAACAAAUAAAUGUAUUAUCAUAUUUUAUAAUAACAUUAAAUAAUUAUCAUAUUUGACCACAGAUCCUAUUGUACAAAGAUGUAUAGUGUAUACAUGAAAGUUUGAU